AUGACCAUCAGGGAUCUGGGGUAUACUCCUGGACGCCUCCCCGUCGGACCCAAGAAUUCAAUCUUUGAUGUUGAAGGUGUGCAUGUCGGCCAAGUCACCGUGGGGGAAGAUGGUGAAGACGUUCGUAGAGGCGUCACGGUCAUCCUACCUCGCCAUGCGGAUGACAUCAACACCCCUUGCUACGCGGCAAUGCACACGUUGAACGGCAAUGGCGAGGUGACGGGCUCAUACCAGAUUAAAGACUGGGGGUUUACAAACACAGUUGGUGCUCCGCGGCCUGAACAAUUCUUGGGUAUCGUCGUCCAGGCCGUAUGGCAAUGGACGCUUCAGCGAGCACGAGAGAAGGGUCAGAGCCUUGAGGAGCUUGGCCAUAAUUACGGAACGCCUGUUGUGGGUGAGACGGCGGAUUGGAUCCUUAAUGAUGUGCAUAAUUCUGCUCUUGAAGCCGAUAAUGUGUUUGAGGCUUUCAAGAAUGCGCAGACACAGACGGAGGUUCUUGAGGGUCAACAUGGUGGUGGUGCGGGUAUGACUUGCCACGAAUUCCCCGCGGGCACAGGAACGAGCUCAAGAAUUGUGAAGGGUGAUGGAGAGAAGAGCUAUACAGUCGGGAUUCUGUGCCAGACGAAUUAUGGCCAUAAGUAUGCGCUGCAAAUUGGUGGUGUGCCAAUUGGGAAGCUGUUGAUGAAAGACGGCGAGACGACUAAGUCUCAGAAGGCUACGAAUUUGCCGGCUGGUAAAGCAGACGAUGGGAGUAUUGUCGUCAUCCUCAUCACCGACGCCCCAAUGCUUCCUCACCAACUCAAUCGACUCGCGCGCCAUUGCGCCGUGGGCCUUUCUCAAGUGGGCGGCCACGGCGUAGGUAGGAAUUUCUCAGGAGACAUCAUCGUCGCGCUCUCGACGGCCAACAAGCUGAACGAGAAAGUCGAUACUCCGCAGGUCAUGGGGAUUCCGGUGGUCCAGACGCAAUCCAUUGAGGCUAUCAAGAAUGAGAGCAUGGAUGUUAUGUUUGCUGCAGCCUCGGAGGUCACAGAGGAGGCUAUCUUGAAUUCCAUCGUUGGUGGAAGGGCGGGGAGGACUGGGUACCAAGGGUUCAACUUGCCUGGAUUCCCAGUUGAUAGGGUAAAGGAGCUGUUGGCUAAAUAUCGCGUUGAUGUUUGA